AUGUCUUCUGCCCCCGCCUUCCCUCUUGCGCAUCAUCCUCUCCGCCAAAGCAAGCAAGCUACACCCGCCGCCGCCGUCACCGACCACCACCGCUACCACAGCAGCAGCUGGAGCGACCAUCCACAGCAGCAGCAGCUCCUCCUCACAAAGCAUCCAUCCUAUCCCUUGCAUCUUGCACAGCACAGUCCCUCUCUUGUCCCCCUCCAGUCACCCACCUGCCGCUCUCACCAACACAACGUUGGCCACUCUCACUACAACCCACCUUUCCCACACCCUACAGACCCAAGCGGCUGCAGUUCCCAGGCGCAUAACCUCCACCAGCGUUUCCUCCCGCUCCUCCCAUCCAUCUCACCUCGUGUACCUACGACCGUAACCAGACAGCCAUCGGUCACCUACCACCCCACAGCACCACCCCCAGAACAGCCUGUCACCACUUGGCACGCGCCGCCGCCGCCACUGCAUCUCCAAUCGCGACCACAGCCUCCUCCAGCUUGCGUCUUUCAGCAUCAGUCGAAGCGUCUGCAUCGCAUUCCGCCCUCUCCUGCAUUAGCCGCUGCGUCCCUCAACCCAGCAACAGCGGUCUACGCCACCGCCGCGCCGGCACAACAACCCACCGUCCCUGCCUAUUUGGUCCGUCCACAAGACGCGCUAGAGUGUUCAACUCCUGUACCUCCCUUGGUCCACGAUUGGUCGCCUCCUGCUGCUCUAGCAGACUGCCAGCAACAACAACCGUCCACCUCUAGCGACGCGUACAGCUAUCCUUGCUUGAGCCCUACCACAACGGUCCUUCCCAUAACGCCCACCGAGCCCACCACCUCGUUUGGUCACGUCGCGUUCGACUCGGGCUCGCUUUUCCCCUUGACCCAAACCCCCUCUUCCUCGACGGGAGUCCUAUCGGCUUCAUCUAGCCCGGCUUGCCAACCGGUGCCCUUUACAAUAGCGACCGAGGCCCCCCAGAACGUCAGCACGGCGUCGCCGGACGCCCCCCAGCCAACGGGGCAAGUUGAGCAGCCUAUUGCCGCACCCGAGACUCAAACCACACCACCACCACCACCGGUGGAGACUUCCCCAGACCAGGCUGCCGCCCACGCCGCCGCGACUCAGGCUCAGGCUCCUUGGAACCCAGCCCAAGUCCACUAUUCGUAUUACCCUGUGCCAUCCCGACCAGUCGCAUACAUGUCCAACCCGGCAGACUACACCAACAUGAAUGGCGUCAUGCCUGGCCUCAACGCCGAGCACUAUGUCCCCACGGGCGAAGACUACAGUGGCGUCGCCACCACGUUGAGUAACUGGGCCGAGGCAAGUGCCGCAGCCGAGGGUAGCAACGGUGGUCUCAACAUGGGCGUUGCGGCGCCUCCUGUCAACGGCGGUGACGAUCCCACGCUCGUUCACGCCCAACCUCCCAACGGCGACCUCACGGCCCAAUCCUUGGGCGAAAAGCCCAAAAAGCUCGUUCUCGCUUGCCACUUCUGCCGUGGCCGCAAGCUCAAGUGCGACGGCGGCCGCCCCACCUGCAGCCACUGUGCCAAGCGUUCCCUUGUCUGUUCUUAUGAUGAGCAGGUCCGUCGACGCGGCCCUGGCAAGCGCACAAAGGAGAUGCGCGAACGUGCUGCCCGCGAGGCUCAGGCUGCUGGCUUGGGCCUCCCCACUGCCGAGGACCUCGCCCACCUGACUGGCGAGGCGGGACCCUCGACUCUCACCGAGCCUCCCAAGAAGCCCGGUCGCAAGCGCAAGUCCGAGGCCCUUGACGAGAACGACAAGAAGCAGGUCCGCCUAGACGACGAGCACGUCCACGCCAUUGCCACUGCCGCCGCCGCCGCUCACCUCCAGCCCCACGAGGUGCAGCACGCGCACGACCUCCAGCACGCGCACGACGCUUCGUUGGCGCACGACGGUUCGUUGGCACACGACGGUUCGUUGGCACACGACGCCUCGAUGGCGCACCACGACCUGCAACACGGCCACGACCUCCGUGCACUCGAGCAGAGCCUCAGCGGCCACGACCACACGUCGUUGCCAAUCGACCCUGCGCUCCACGGCGAGGGCGACAUGGCCGCCCUCGGCCUCCCUCCCCUCGAGCCCGGCACGCUUGGCCAAGUCAUCCAGCAGCUGAACGGGCAGCACCAAUGA